AGCGCUGCCUGGGGCCCGGCGCUCGGCGCUGGAGCGCCCCCCUCUCGGGGAGCCCCGGAGCCGGGCCCGCCGCGCCGGAGAUCCCCUCCCAGCCACAUGCCUCCGCAGCCCCAGCCUCCUCCCCGCGCCGCCGGCAGCCCUGCGCCCAGCCCCCCGCCCCUGCGCCGCCGGAGCCGGCGUGCCGACAGGAUGAUCGCCGCCGCCUCUGCCGGGAAGGGGCCGGAGGGCAGGUACCCGCUGCACCGCCUGGUCUGGCACAACCGCGCCCGCGAGCUGGACCGGGAGCUCAGCUCCCAGCAGGUGGACGUCGAGCAGCUGGACCCGCGGGGCCGCACGCCCCUGCACCUCGCCACGACGCUGGGCCACCUGGACUGUGCCAGGGUCCUGCUCCAGCAUGGAGCCGACGUGGGCAAGGAGAACCGCAGCGGCUGGACAGUGCUCCAAGAGGCGGUGAGCACCCGCGACCUGGAGCUGGUGCAGCUGGUCCUGCGGUACCGUGACUAUCAGCGAGCUGUCAAGCGCCUGGCUGGGAUCCCCAUCCUGCUGGAGAAGCUGCGCAAGGCCCAGGAUUUCUAUGUGGAGAUGAAAUGGGAAUUCACCAGCUGGGUGCCCUUGGUCUCCAAGAUCUGCCCCAGCGACACCUACAAGGUGUGGAAGUGCGGCCAGAACCUGCGUGUGGACACGACUCUGCUCGGCUUCGACCACAUGACCUGGCAGCGGGGAAACCGCAGCUUCGUCUUCCGGGGACAGGACACCAGUGCGGUGGUGCUGGAGAUCGACCACGACCGGCAGGUGGUGUACUCCGAGACGCUGGCGCUGGCCAGCCACGACCGCGAGGGCCUGCUGGCUGCUGUGCAGCCCACCGAGGAGCAGGUGAUGGGCCGCCUCACCGCGCCUGUCGUCACCACCCAGCUGGACACCAAGAACAUCGCCUUCGAGAGGAACAAGACGGGGCUCCUGGGCUGGCGGAGCGAGAAGACGGAGGUGGUGAAUGGGUACGAGGCCAAGGUGUACAGCGCGUCCAACGUGGAGCUGAUCACGCGGACGCGGACGGAGCACCUCUCCGACCAGCACAAGGGCAAGAGCAAAGGCAGCAAGACCCCACUGCAGUCCUUCCUGGGGAUCGCCGAGCAGCACGUGGGGCCCAGCAAUGGGACGCUGAUCACGCAGACCCGGAGCCACACCAACCCCACGGCCAUCACCCCCGAGGAGUACUUCAACCCCAGCUUUGAGCUGGGCAGCAGAGACAUGGGGCGCCCCAUGGAGCUCACCACCAAGACGCAGAAGUUCAAGGCCAAGCUGUGGCUGUGUGAGGAUCACCCACUGUCCCUGGGCGAGCAGGUGGCGCCGAUCAUCGACCUCAUGGCCAUAAGCAACGCGCUCUUCGCCAAGCUCCGGGAUUUCAUCACGCUCCGCCUGCCGCCCGGCUUCCCCGUCAAAAUAGAAAUCCCCAUCUUCCACAUCCUCAACGCCCGCAUCACCUUCGGGAACCUCAAUGGCUGCGACGAGCCCAUCAGCUCCGUGCGCCGCAGCUCCGGGAGCGAGGCCCCUUCGCCCAGCAGCGACUCCUCCAGCGUCAGCAGCUCCAGCUCCCUGGCCUCCUGCCGGGCCUGCGAGAUGGACCCGUCCCUGUUUGAGGCCCCGCCUGGGUACAGCGUGCUGGGCAGCCAGCGGGACGCCAUGCGCGAGGAGGACGACGACCUGCUGCAGUUCGCCAUCCAACAGAGCCUGCUGGAGGCCGGCACGGAGUACGACCAGGUGACCAUCUGGGAAGCUUUGACCAACAGCAAGCCGGGUACGCACCCCAUGUCCCAGGAGGGCCGGCGAGGAGACAGGUUGGACACCCCAGCACACGCCUCCCCCCCGGCAGGCCAGCCCCCAGCAGCAGGGCGGGGGCAGCGGCGGGCCCAGCCCCCUGUUCCGCAGCUACGACGAGCAGCUGCGCCUGGCCAUGGAGCUGUCGGCGCGGGAGCAGGCAGAGGCGGAGCGGCGCACGCGGCAGGAGGAGGAGGAGCUGCGGCGCAUCCUGCAGCUCUCGCUGACCGAGCAGUAGCCCAGCGCCUGCGACGGGCCCUGCAGCUGCUGCCCAGCUUGCCCAGGGCCGGGGUGGUGCGGCCGCCGCUGGGCAGUGGCGUUCCCUGAGCCAGCAGUGCCCACGUGAGCAGAGGUGCCAGCGCUGGCCCACCGCAGAUGCCAUCGCACCGAGCCAGUCAGAGACCAUGCCAAGAACACUGCCAGGGGGCGCGGGGGCUGGCCCGCCAGGAGGAGACUGCUGCAUCAGAGGGAGCCCCCGUGAUGCUGCUCCCAGGGCCCUGCGCUCCAGAGGGAGCGGGCUGGCUCCCCGUGCCCCCCAGACGCCUCGUUAAUCCUCACCUGCCCUGGGGAGCCCCAGUGACCCGGGCCUGGCCAGCGAGGGGCAGAGAUUGCGGGCCCAGGGGAAGGUUUGGCGAAUGGGGAGAGGGCACCACGCCCAUAACCCUGCGGGGGAGGACAGGAUGGGGCUGCGGUGGCAGGAGGUGACUUGCUGCAAGGCAGGGGGCACCCCCAGACCCAUUACUCACACCCCAGUCCCUAUGGGCGGGUACGCACCAGCUACAACCAGCUGCAAGGGCUGGCAGGGCAUGGGUGGAGAGCCCAGGGUUGGGCUAGCAGGAGGCUGCGGGUCGGGAGUGAGGGGCACCAGCAGAGCUGGGGAGGAGGCGGUCAGGGUGUCAGGAAGGGAGGGUGCUGGCUAAGCGGUGUGGGGCCCAGAGGCAGGGCUGGCUGGGGUUAGCUGCCUGGACUGGGCCCCUUACCCUGCCCCUCCCGCCCCCGGCAGCUGGGCCUGCCUGAGCCUCCUGCCCCCUGUGACCCACAGCAAGGGCAGGGCCCAGCUGCACACACCCCCCACUGUGGGCUCACAGAUGCCCCCAACUCUUCAGCGACCCAGGGACACUGCCCACUUGCAUGGGGCUCUGGCGCUGCCAGCAGCCGGCCCUGACACCUUCACUCCCAUGAGAGGCCAUGAGGCUGCUUGUGCCAGUCCCUGCCUUCCUGCCUCGCCCCAGGGCUGCCCCCAGGAGCUGGGGAAUGAGCGGUGCCAGCCCUGCCUGCUGGGCUGUGGCAGGGCCAGAACUGGGGGAGGGCUGGCAGGCCAGGUGAGACUAGCACCCAGGCAGCCCAUAGGGAGGUGGGCACAGGUUACCUGCCCUCCCUCCGGCUGCAGGCACCAGCCCCGUCUGCUGCCCUCUCAGCACGCACCAGUCUCGGGCUCCGUGGCACCGAUACAGCAUCAAGUGCACUUAGCCAGGAGCCAGGCCAGGCUGCUGGCCGCUUUGCCACUCACCACGGAGCCCCACCGGCCCGGCCCUGCGAUCGUACCCUCCCCAGCCCCCUGCCAGCACACGUAGGAUGGGCACUUACCAAAGCCUGCUAGUGGGGGGAGGGGGCAGGGCAGGUGCUGCAGCCCCCACCCCCUGCCCAGGAGCCAUUCCCCCAAGGAAGCACUGAGAGCCCAGCAUUGCUGCCCCCAGCCCCAGGAUCCAGCCGACUCCUGAACUAUGGGGAGUGGCGGCAGGUUUCUCUGCCUGGGCAGCACCUGCCCACACCACCAUUAGGAAGGGGAGCCCCACUGCCCCCUCAGCUCUCAAGUGAACCCGGGGUGGCGGGGGGGGAGGGGGAGGGCUGAGCCGGGAACACCCCCUGAGCCAGGCCCAGUCCCCGCCAUGUCCCUCCCAGCCUGCACGCUGCAGCCCCUGGCCUGGGCUGAGGGGUUCCCUCGUGCCCCUGCUGCUCCCCGCAGCGCACAUGCCUCACACAGGGCCCUAAACUGCAGCGAAACCUUAUGUCAAAUGGUGCUAACUCCCCGCAUCCCCCUGCCCCCGAGAACACAGCAGCCCUGUGCUGAGAUGGGGCCCGGGCCCUCUCCACGCCAGGCCAGGGGCACAGGGCUUCGCUCGGUCUGACAGACUUCCAGGCACAACCAGAGGGGCGGCCUGGGGUACACGGCUGCAGGCCAUCCCCCACCAGAGGGGACAUGGCGCCCGGCGCCGAGCCAUCACUCCCGAAGCCGUGAUGGGGCAGGGACCUUUUCUUAAUCGCCCACGACACCCCCCCCCCACACCAACUGUACAGCAGGGGCUGGGGCACAUGGGCAUGGCCAGGCGGGGGGGCCAGGCCCACAGGCUGCAAUCACGGUGGACACCAAUAAAAGUCUUUAACGUUUGUCUUUUA